CUGAAAAAGAAUAUAGCUGCAAAAGAAGAGCAGAAUUAUGUUGAGAAAGAGAGGGAAAUAGAAAAACAAGCAGAGAAUAUUGAUUUGCUGAAAAAGGAUUUGCACAACAGAAAAGAUGAAAUUAUUUCUCUCCUUAAAAAAGUUGCUGUUCUUGAUGAAGAUUUGACAGAAAAGAGAAUAAUGGUUAAUAAUCUCAGUAAAACAAAAUUAACUACAGAACGUAUGAUUUGUGAAAACGAAAUUUUGAGGAAUGAAAAAGCGAUUCUAGAAACCAAGUUAAUUGAAACUGAGGAGUCAGUAAUGGAACUGAAUAACAAAAUACAAUCUGUGGAUGAAGAUUUAAAUCAAAAGCAGAAAGCAAUUGAUGAUCUUAUGAAGAUGCAGACUGAAGAAAAUGAUUCUAUUAAAAAAGAAUUCGAAGGGCAUCUCAAGGCUGCUGAAGUUCUGAAAGCCAAGUACACAGACUUAAAACUGAAAUUCUUUGAGAAGGCUAAAGAAUGUGGGAAUAUGAAGAGCAUUUACGAAGAAAAAUUGGCAAGAUUGAAAGAACAAAUGCAAGCAGCUUACAACAAAGAAAAAGAAAAGAUUCUGGUGCAAAACAAUUCUGCUACAAAUGAAUUGGAAAAACUUUACAAAUGUACAAAGAAAAGUUUAUGCAACACCAUGGUGACAACGCUGACU